GCGGCCUGCCGGGAGUUGUAGUUCUGCUGGGAGGGCCUGGCUGCGGGGCGCCCCGGGGCCCGGAAGGCGGCCGGACUACAGCUGCCGAGCGCCCGCGCGGGCCGGGAAGGGCAGGAGAGCAGGGCUGCCCCUCGCCUUGGAGACGGCAGUGGUUGCAGGGGGCGGCGGCGGGAGCCGGACCUCGGCCUCAUGCGGGAGCCCCGGGGAGAGCCCGAGCUGGAAGAGUCUCUGGAGCGCUACCACAGCCGCCUCCGAGAAUGUGCUAGUGAAAGCAUCCAGCAACUGAAAUAUGCCUUGGGGGAAAGCCAUCCUGCAAUGGGAGAAGGGGAAAUAGCGUUUUACCUGUCUUCCAGUAAUGCAGGCCGAGAUGAGACUGGGGAUGCAGCUUGGCAGGAACUACAGAACAGCCAUGCAGUCAAUCAACUUAAAGUUCUGUUGCGACAGCAAGAGGAACUUGAAAGUCAAUUAUCUCCAUCAAAAAGGAAGAUAUUAUCCUAUGGAACUUCAGAAGCUGCAGAUCAGAGUUCGCUUGGCCUGUGUGAUCUUGUUCCUAUCAUUACUGAUCAGUCUCAAUACAUUAACCACUUAGAAGCAGAAGUGAAGUUUUGCAAGGAGGAAUUAUCUGGAAUGAAAGGUCGGAUACAAGUUGUGGUGCUUGAAAAUGAGAAACUCCAUGAGGAAUUGAAAACUCUAACAGUGGAGCAGACUUUGAGAGAACAAAUGCUUCUGGAUGCCUCAGCAAAUACUCAGAAGUCCUGGCCUAUAGGAGGUGAUGAUUCUAGGGUACAUCAGCCUGCUAAAUCACGAUCAUCACAUGACAAAGACCAUGUCUUAAUCUCAACAGCAACUGCAGAAAUAGAAAAAUGGCAGCUAGAAUUGGAGAAGCUAAACCUUCUCUAUCAAGAAAGGACUGAUGCACUUGAAGCUCAAGUACGAUCACUGAGAAAAGAUCUAUCUGAAUCGCAAAAAAAUUGUGAAGAUCUGAAAGGAAGAUUAAAGCACCAAGAUUCACUUACUGCAUCAAGUAAUUUAACCCGGGUUGGUGGUCUUUGUCUGAAAUGUGCACAACACGAAGCUGUUCUUUCCCAGACUCAUUCCAAUGUCCACAUGCAGACCGUUGAAAGGUUAACAAAAGAAAGAGAUGACUUAAUGGGUGCACUUGUUUCAGUGAGAAAGCACCUGAGAGAGAUGCAGCAAAGGGAAUCUAGUGCCUACGAACAAGUGAAACAAGCUGUGCAAAUGGCAGAAGAAGCCAACUUAGAAAAGACUAAGGCUCUACUCCAGUGUGAUCAACUGAAAAGUGAGAUGGAAAGACAGAAAGAUCGCCUUGGAAGGGAGCUAGCUUCCCAACUAGAUAAGCGAGAUGGUGAAAAAGAAGCACUGCGGGAAGAAAUGAAGAAAGAAAGGGAAGACUUGGCAUCAACAGUGAUGGUUCUGUCUCAGAAUGUGGCCACACAUGAAGCACAGUUAGAGAGAAUUACAAGAGAAAAGAACUUAAUAGCUAACCAACUAGAGGAAGCCCAAAAUCAAUUUACUUCUCGGGAGAUGGACAUUAAUAAGGUGUGCGGAGAAAUGCGAUAUCAGUUGAAUCAAAGCAAAAUGAAGAAGGAUGAGGCAGAAAAGGAGCUCAGAGAGUACAGAACAAAAACUAUAAGGGAGCUUGAAAUUAAGGACCAGGAAAUAGAGAAACUGGGUUUAGAGCUGAAUGAAAGCAAACAGCGUUUGGAACAAGCACAGCAGGAUGCAUCUAGAGCCAAAGACGAGUGCCUAAAACUGACAGAACUGCUGAGUAAAUCUGAGCACCAACUGCACCUCACCAGGUUGGAGAAAGAAAGCAUUCAGCACAGCUUUAACAGUGAGGCAAAGGGCCGAGCCCUUCAGGCCCGGCAAAGAGAGCAGGAGCUGACACAGAAGAUGCAGCAAAUGGAGGCCCAGCAUGAUAAAACUGUAAAUGAACUGGAUUCAUUGCUGACCUCCCAGAAUAUGUUCAUAGCAAAAUUAAAGGAAGAAUGUUGUGUGUUGGCAAAGAAACUGGAACGUAUAACAGAAAAACACAGUCAUCUACACCUAUUACAAAUCUGUUCAAUAUAAAUACAACAUCUGCAACUUGAGAAACCAGGAUGGAUUUUGUCCAGAGUAUUUCUAAUUUUCUACUUUUCACGUGAUAUUUUUGCCUUUUCAUUCAAAUUACUUGGACUAUUCAUAUGUGAGAAAUCACAUGUUAUGUUCUUAUUAAGACUGAUAUUCUUCAUCUGAAAAUUAGUAAAUUGACAGUAAAAUAGCCACAAUUCCAACUUAGUUAUUGGAAAUUAUGCUAAGAAUACUAAAUUUUUGGUUAAAGAUUUCAAGCUGCAUUUUAUUGGGUAUCUGGGGUUAAAUGACAUAGAAUGUUUUAAAUAAGUAAUUUACUUAAUAAUAGUGCACACUGGCUAAUAAUUCUGGAAGAUUGCUCAAUCAGAUUUACCCUCUCAACAAACUCUUGUGAAAAUUGCUGCUUACUAAGGGCCCAAUUUCAGAGUUGCUUAUGCAAUUUCCCCAUUUAAAUCAAUGGUAGUUUUGCACACAGAGUGGCUAAAGUAUUAGAUUCUAAAAUGAAGUAAAUGUUGGAGGAAGAAUUGCAUUUGUAUAUACGAAUAUGUGCUGUAUUAAUGUAUCCUAUUCAGAAUUACUUCCUGCAAGAAGGUCAUAUUGCAAAUAAUUGGCCUCAGAAUCUAUAUGAAUAUGUUACUUAAGUAACAUAAUACAGUUUUUUUUAAUUUGUAUUACCAAAGGCUGAGAGUCACUUCUAUAGCAAAAUCCUUCACAAGGCUUGUUUGCCAUUUAACUUCUACUCAUAGCACAAAGUGGGACUGAUGCAGUGUGUCACUUUCUAAACCAGGAGUAAAUUUAAGUGAAUUGGGUAACAAAAUAUUUAUUAAAGAGAUUAAAAACUGAGGGUAUGUAAGUAUAAUCAUUAAAAAAGAAACUCCUCCAUUGUAAAUAUUGUGAUAGUCAAUCAAAUAGCACUUUUCCCAGCCAAGCUGCUUUCCAGAUUAUCCAACAUUGCAAGAGCGCCAUAAGUAGUCUCAGCCCAAGGAGUCAGAGAAGUUUGAAUCCUGGAUUGAUUGGAGGUGAAGUAAUUAGAUAAAGUAAUUGAAAUAAGAUUCACAUUUUUUUCUUCAUAUAUUAUUCCAACAGACUUUACAAUGUAAUGAUCGUUUCAUAAGAACUCAGUUAUAAAACAAGCAGUAUGUGAAGGAUAGGGAAGAUGAUGUGGAAUGGAAGUGUGUACUUUUUGUGUACAUGAAUACAUCUUUUGAAGGAUUUUCUGUGCACCAGAAGCAGUGGGGAAGAGAGCAUGGAGGUAGUUGGGAGAAGUGGAUAUAUUGCUGGUUGCGAUUAAGAUUGUUGCAUUGGGGGUUAAUGUAAUCAGAAACAAAAAAGGAUGGAUAGGGAGAGGCAAAAUUGUGAGGGGAUUUAAAUAAAGACAAGAAGACUGAACUAGAUGGAAAGGGAAACCUACUGAAGGGAUUCAGAGAGGUGAGACAACAGAAACUGCAGACAGGAAAGAUUAUUUGAUUCACUGCAAUUUGAAUGGAACAAAGUGGUGCUAUGUGUAUCAAGAAAAUUUAUAUGCUGUUUGCUUUCACCUCUCUUCCACCUGCAACUUCUUUCUGUCACAUGAUCGCAAGGUAUCAUCACUGCAAUUUCAGGAAUUGGUGGACGUGGCAUUUUCUUUUAAAAUAUUUUUUUUCCCAUUGGAUUUUACAGUACCUACUGCUCAGAAAAGACUAUCUCCCAGCAUAGUUUCCUCAGUAUACUUUACCUGCACAAAUGAAAGGCGCUUUCACUACACUUAGGCAGAGUGGUCUUUGUAUAGGCUUUACCUACUCUCAAAAUACUGGACCGUAAGCAGUGCAUUAGUGUGCUUAGUGAUUAGAGUCGGGGUCUGAGGCUGGUCAGUAUAAUUUUAAUCCUGGAUAUACAACUGUUUUGCUGUAUUGCCUGGGAUAUUUGUGGCACAGUAUCCCCAUCAGUAAAACAAGAAUGAUGAAGAAUAUGAAACUGUGUCAAUUAAUGUGUGUAAAACACUUGAGCCUUAUUACAAAAUCUAGUAGGAAUGUAAAGUAUUUAUUAAAUAUACUAAAGCAUUUGGUGUGGAUUAUUCAUUAUGAGAAAUGUGUUACCUUCCAUAACAUAUUUAUAGAGCUGAAUUUUAAUUUAGUGUUUCUUUCUGAAAUCUGUAACAUGGGUGGUUUUGUUUUGGUUCUGCUUUGUUUUUGGGGGGAAGAACUACUACUAAAAUGUUUUUUGUGUGACUGAGCCCUUCUAUGGGGUUAGGCAAACCUCAGAAUUAUCAAGUCACUGAACAAAUUACAUAACAUUCAUGCUGUUUGCAAAAUUAAUCAUGUUUGUGAAGAUACUAUAUGUAUGUGAAAGUGUAAAAAAAAAUCAGAAUGUAGUCCUUUGUUGAUGUCUUCUGUGUUAUUUUGUUCAUUUUUUCUCUGAUUGUUACUAUCUGAAUUUCUGGGCUUGUAGAUUGAUGCUUAACACUGCCCACAGUGUAUUUGUGAUUUGCGUUUUGUAAUUAAGGGGAACAAUGGGAGCCCAUUGGGUCUCGUUAUAUAUAAUGGUUGGUUUAAUUUGUUUCACUUCUAUCUUGUUAAUUGUAAAUUGAUCAUUAAGAUUUGAAUUCUAAUCUGUCACCAGGGUUGUGAGUAUUGAAGCUAGAGCAAUGAUCCUGGUUUUAAUCACUGAUGAUGAGAAACAAAUUUUAUAAUUUUGGUACAUAUUGCAGUUCAUAUAUUUUAACACUGUAUUUUAUGGUGUUAUAAAUAUUGUUAAAUGACUUUUAGUGUAGUUUUACUGUUUGGACUAUAAUGUAUAAAUUAUAUUACUGUUUUGGCAACAGUAGGCAUCCAACUGUGUGAGUUUAAUUGAAGUAAAGAAUACACACCCGCCCGGCUGAACUAUUUUUCUGCAUGUUUGGUUGAUGUUGUAUUGAGAGACUGCAGUUACUGCACUCAACACCAUGAGUAAAAUGUUAGCCCAGUGUAGUGUUACAAGGAUGUGAAACACAGUGUGUCUGGAAAAACAGUCCAUUACAUGAUUUAUUAUCCCCUCACAGAAGAACUAUUUUUAUCCCGAUUAGAUCAGUUAAAAAUGUUAUUUUGCAGUGCUUGUAAUUGAAAUACAAUAAAAUUGGCUGGUUUUCUGAGGAGGAAGAAGUAUCACUGCUGAAUAAAACAGCUAAGCUCCAAUCUGCACUGUGUCCUUGAGAGGUACAAUGCAGAACAUAGUCAGCCUGGGGGAAAAAUGGACAAAAUCAGUAUCAUCAAACCCAAGUAUUUCAAAAGUCCAUCCUUGAAUAUCAUGAAACUGACUUAAAAAUCAUGACAAUUUAAAAAUUAUGGAUAUUUCAGUCAUAUGAAUCCAAGAGCUUAUGGCUAUAAGAAAAACAGCAAAAAUCAUGAGACUCUUGAUAAUGCCACAAAGGAUGGCAAAACUGCAAGAUGAUUGUUCAUCAGCCAUUUUUUGCCAUCUAAAUUCUGGGCUGUGCAGGGACUGAUACAACUUGUGAUGUAACAUAGCAGUGGCUCUCAACCUUUUUUGUACAAGGACCCAUUUCUAAACAUUAGCCAGUCUUGACCCAGUGUUCCUCGCUCCUGACCCACUGCCCUAGACCCCAGCUCCCCAGUGUGGGGCAGGGGUGAGUGUAUGGGACAGGGAGGCAUGGAAGGUCCCAAGCAGCCCCUUGCAGGCUGGAACUCUGCAAGCCUGCAAGGGAAAAGCCAUGGUUUCCCAUGUUUUUCUCCUUUAAAGGAGAAUCCAUGUUUAAAGUUUGUUCAUGACACUUUCACAUUCUUGCGACUCACUUUUGGGUCAUGACCCAUGGGUUGAGAAACACUGACAUAGAGCAUGGGCCCACAAGCAAGUUACUGUAAGGGCAGUGACAGCAAAGAUAUAUAGCACGCUGACUAUCUGUGUUAACUGCAGUUACUGCACAGGAGCUAAUGUGCUGUUAAUCCCCUCCAUCUGUUACCUAACAGUAACUUGUUUGUGCUCCCAUAACCUUACGACAGAUCUAGGUGGUAGAGUACAUAUAUCUGGCCUAUUUCAAGUAUCAGAAUCAUUAUGGCUGCAUUAGCUUGAAGCUCCAUCUGAGCUCACACUGCCACUGAGAAAAAUCUUUAAUGUUUUCAAGUGGAGUCCCUGUACUUCAGAUAUUCUAAGCACUUCGGGAGAAGGUGGUUAGGAACAGUCAGCAUGGAUUCACCAAGGGCAAGUCAUGCCUGACCAACCCGAUUGCCUUCUAUGACAAGGCUUAGUGGAUACAGGGAGACCAGUGGAUGUGGUAUACCUUGAUUUUAGCAAGGCUUUUGAUAUGGUCUUCCACAACAUUCUCUGAGGCAGGCUUUCAGAAGUAUGGGUUGUUUGAAUAGACUAUAAGGUGGAUAGAAACCUGGCUGGAUCAUUGGGCUCAGAGUGUAGUAAUCAAUGGCUCAAUAUCUAGUUGGAAGCUGGUAUCAAGUGGAGUACCUUAGGGAUUGGUCCUGGGGCCAGUUUUGUUCAAUGCCUUCAUCAACAACCUAGAAGAUGGCAUAGAGUGCACUCUUAGCAAGUAUGCAGAUGACACCAAACUGGGAGGAGAUAUGCUGGAGGGUAGGGCUAGAAUUCAGAGGGACCUAGACAAAUUGGAGAAUUGGACCAAAAGAAAUCUCAUGUGUUUCAACAAGGACAAGUGCGAAGUCCUGCACUUAGGAGAGAACAAUACUAUGUACCAGUACAGGUUGGGGGCUGAUUGGGUUACAGUGCUUAUAAGCUGAACGUGAGCCAACAGUGUGCCUUUGUCACCAAGAAAACUAAUGGCAUACUAGGCUGCGCUGGUAGGGGUGUUGCCAGCAGGUCCAGCAAAGGGAUUAUUUUUCUCUAUUCAUCACUGGUAAGGCCAAAUCUCAAGUACUAUGUCCAGUUUUGGGCCCCCCAGUACAAAAAGGGUGUGGACAAGCUGGAGAGAGUCCAGUGGAGGACAACAAAAAUGGCAAGGGGGCUGGGGCACAUGGCUUAUGAGGGGAUACUGCAGAAACUGGGCUUAUUUAGUCCAGAGAAGACAUGGGAUUUAAUAGCAACCUUCAGCUACCUGAAUGGUGGUUCUGAAGAGGAUGGAGCUAGACUGUCCAGAGUGGUGGGAGAUGACAGAAGAAGGAGCAAUGGUCUCAAGUUGCAGCAAGGGAAGUUUAGGUUAGAUGCUAGAAAAAGCUUUCUCACUAGGAGGGUAGUAAAACACUGGAACAGUUUACCUAUAGAGGUUGUGGACUCUCCAUCCUUGGAGGUUUUUAAGACCUGGCUAGACAAAGCCUUGGCUGGGAUGGUCGUGCUUUGAGCAGGGGGUUGGACUAGAUGACCUACUGCAGUCCCUUCCAACUCUAAUUUUCUAUGAUUCUAAGUAUGAAUAAAGCUCACGGAGGACAUUUAGAUUUAUGCCAUCAAAAACAUUACUGCAGCCAUAUCCAACUGCAUAUUCAAGUAGGGAGCAGCCCACUAUUAAGUUGGGAAACCCCACAGACAUAGUAUUUAAAAUAAAAAAUAAACCUAAUAGAAGAUCCUCCUUGCUGUCAUUCACCUGAUAGAAAGAUGUACCAGGUGUCAAUGAACUUAGUCCUUGGGAUCACAAUAUUAAGAAAAAAAUGCACCAGAGCUUUCCCCAAAUCUCUCUCUCUCUGCCAGUGACUAGCCCAUCUCACAAAGUUUUUUAUGGGGUGUUGCUAUAAAUUCAUCUACAUUUCUGUAAAAAUAUUGUUUGAGGAUUCUACUUUAAUCCCUGUUAAAUCCAGCAUACUCUUAUCCAUAUAUCCAUCUCAGUAAGGUCCUUUCCUCUAUAAACUUUAUAUGCAAUGAUUUGCAAGUUUUAAUCCAGAGCAAAGGCAAACCUCGUUUAUAAUUUUUCCAUGACAUUCUUGGUAAAUUGUGACUUCAUAAUUAUACUAAAGUGAAUAUGUUCUGAGCAAUGCCUUCUCUAUAGCUACACUCAGAUUAGUUCCUGUUUGACAGAUUUGAAUGUUUAGCAUAUGUGGUUCUUCAUGUAAUGGGAAACAUCAUUGCCUGAACAUCAUUACCAGGUUUGCCCUGUCACCAUAACAGAACCUGUUCCUGAUGUGACAGAUUCUUUCUUCCUUUUUCUUUUUUAGAAUGUCCUUGUUUUGUUUGCAGGGGGCUGAAGGUAAAGUGUCUUCAUCCUAAAACUGUAAAAUACUUACAUUUCUUAUUUUAAAGAUGUCUCUGGGGCUCUUUCAUCUCCAGAACUAUGUAACAUGUCACCUUGGUGAAAAUAAACUAGCAUGCUUAUAUUUGGGCUGGAGUGUUGUACAUUUCCAGGACUGUAGCAAAACCCCCCGUUUUUUCUUUUUUUAUUUAUUUUAAAAUGCAUUCCCUCCCCUUCCCCAACCAUUUUUUACUUUUUCUCUCCCUGUAUUUUCCCUAUAGAUAAGUAUAAGUAAGCUAAGAUGUAGGAUAAGCUUUAACGUUUUAUUUUAGGUAUUAAGUUUUAUUUUUCUCUCCCCUCCUUGCAAAUAAGUUCCCUGCUAUUGUGAUAUUGAUACCCACUGUUUUGUAAGUGAUAAUUAUUAUGUUUGUACUGCUUUUAUAUUGUGUGAUUGCUGUUUUAGGCCUAUAUAUGUAAGUUAGUGUAAGUCAUGUCAAGUUUCCAUUUUGUAUGUCAAGCCUCCAUCUUGUGUCCUCUGCCCGGGCAUCCCCUGUGUUGCAACUGUAUGAUUCAUGUACCCCUCCUAUGUAAAUUUUUUUCUAGAUGAAUGAGAAUGAUUGGGAAUGAUUGAAAUACAAUGGUAGCAGGCCUCUACUGAAUGGCCUGUAACGACCAGGCCAUCACCUCGCGUUGAUUCAUCCAGGAACCACGGACCUCACACAGGAACAGAGACAAGAACCCAGCAUUUGAAAGACAAAAGACUUUGCAGAACCAGCAACUCUCACCAUUACAGACCCCCGAAACUGCACAUCCGUGCAUGGAGCACACAUGCUCAGUACGCCAGGGGCUGACCCUUGCCUGGGCAUGCCUCCUGUCACUAGGGUCACACAAGGUCUGCCCCUAUAAAAAGGGGUAGUGCAGACAGACCCAGUGGGACGCCCUCUCCAUCUGGACCAGCACCAUGCCACACCACCUAUCCACCCAGCGGCCCUGCCAGCGACCCCCCUCUGGACAACAUCUACUGGACAAGGACCCCUUUCCAGCUUGGAUAGGUAGCUAUCACCCCUCGCCCCCUCUUCAAUCAAGGACUUGGACUCUGCUUGUCUUCCCUACCUGGACUCCAGCCCUUCCACUAAGUCUCUUUCUCCUGCUGCCAGUGUGUGUGUGUGUGUGUGUGUGAGUGAGAACCAAUAACUUCAUGGGGCUGUGUAGUGUGUUGUCUGUGUAAUAAAACUGUUAUUUGGACCCCUAAAUUGGGUUUUGCUUUACUAUGAUUUGGCCCUGCUCCAAUCUUUGCUCCUCGCCCCUCUAACUUCUGUCUCAUUUCUCCUUCUCCUGCUUCUGGCUCACUGCCACCUCCAACACCUGUCCUGAGCUCCUCUCUGCCUCCAACCCCCCUGUUUCUUUGCCACUGUCUUAUCCCCACUGCCUUUUCCUUUUCCCCUGAGCAACCAGGUUUCUGCCUCAGUUUCUUUCCCGGCUGUCUCCUCCUUGCCACCACUUAUCUGCCCUUCCACCCCAAUAUCUCAGCUGUCUGCCUCAGUUUCCAGCCCUAGUCUACCUUAAGUAAACCCAAGCCUCAGUUCCUCAGCCAGCUUCUCUGUAGUCCACCGAUUCUAAUCCCAGUUCUGGCAACUCUCACUCCCUACACUUUAACUCUCUGUCUCUCUCACCUGACCCUUCCCACAAGUAUCCCCGGUACCCCAAGCACACACAUACACACUGUACCAUCCAAGUUAGGAACUUACCUGUGUGUAUGUAUAGGUGGGUUGUGUGUGUGUGUGUGUAUAUGUAUGUGUCAUUGUGUGCAUGAUGUACGAAUUAGUGAUCUGUGUCUAACUUUUGGGGUGUAUAGUGUAUGUGCUUAAAUUGGUGAUAGGUGUGCAUGUGCCUAGGCUGGUUUGGAUGUGUAUGUGCCUGAGCUGGUAGAGUGUGUGUGUAUGCAUCUCAUUGAUUUGUGUGUUUGGAUAUGUGGAGUUGUGUCACACCCUCCUGUCUAACAGCGCAAUAUUGAGAUCCUGAGAGUUGGCCUGACCCCACAGGGCAACAGGACCAUCGUGCCUAGAAGAGGCAAUAGUUAUUUUGUUCAAUUUUCUAUUGAACUAACUGUAUAGUUGGGAAAGGUAUUGGACAAGAUUUUGGGUACAAAGUGCCGUUCUUCAGACCUCCAGACCUGCAGAAGAGCGCUUUGUGUCCAAAACCUUGUCUAACAUCUCUCCCAACUAUGCAGUUGGUCCAAUAAAACAUACCACAGGAAAAAAAAAAACAUAUUUCUUAUGUCCAUAAUUUUUAUGUUCUAAGCAUGCCCCCUUAUUAAGCAUUAGAAUAUACACAUAGUAUACAUAUAGAUUUUCAUCACAAUUUUUAUGACAUUUUUAUAGUAAAAACAGUAAGGAGCACCAGGAAAGCCAGAGCUCCUAGUAUGAGUAGAAAUGAACUUCCCUAUCAUUAGCUAAUGGUCAAAGAUAUAGGUAGGGGAGUAAUCCCAAUGAACUCAUGCUUGGACUUGCUGUGAUUCUACAACAUUGGAAAAUGAGAAGUACUUAAUUUUCUUUUGCACAGCCUUUACAGAUCUUGUCUUUGCACAGACUUUACAGAGGAUCAGGUGCAACACUUAUGACCUUUCUCUUAUUUCUUAAGCUGUGUAUUUUCCUCUUAAAAAUCUCCCUUUGCCAGUGCAGCACUUAUGUUUUCAGGAUAUUGGCCCAAUUUUACUGUCAGUGAUUCCAGCAUCAUUUGAGUUUCCUGGAUUUAUCUCAUUUGAUAUCAAUAAAUAAUUAUUUGCUAUUAAAAUUAGCCAUUAUGGUGACCAAACCAAGUAAGCAAAAAUUAUGGUCUUGCAGAAGGGGAUUUUCACAGAACUAUGCUUGAUUGAUGGUCAGUAUUUGUAACUGCGUUACCAAAAAGUCAUGCCUCCAUGCAUGUGGAUGUGGCUUAACAUUUAAAAAAUGGGUGUUUGUUUGUAUUAAAAGGCUGUUUUAACAUUACAGUUGUAGGAGUUUCAUAACCAUCAAAACCAUAUAAUGGUGUACACUGCAGGAUAAAGUCUGACAGCACCCAUCAUCCCUGUGUUUUUAUUUUUGUAGGUCUGAAGUCAGCCAGCUUAGU